ACAACUGUGGAGACCAAGGAACCCAAGAAAGAAAUCAAACCAGCUCUGGAGCUCUUGGAACCAAUUGAGCAGAAAUUUGUCAGCAUCAGUGACCUCUUUGUACCUAAAGAUUUGGGAACAGAGAGCCAGAUCUUUAUUUCCCGUGCAUAUGAUGCAACAACUCACUUUGAGACGACCUGUGAUGACAUAAAAGACAUCUAUAAGAGGAUGACCGGAUCGGAGUUUGACUUUGAAGAAAUGAAGCGCAAGAAGAACGACAUUUACGGAGAAGACUAACAGCAGUACAGCGUCCUAUUAGGACAAACUUAAAAUUCGGCAAAUAAUGUAUAUUGUAUGAAAUCAAUAUUGUAAGGCCUGCUUUUGU